AUGUAUGGCAGGACCGGCGACUUGAAGCGAGCCAGAGAAGUCUUUGAUUCCAUCAAAGACAAUGCCAGAGACUCUUUCUCGUGGGAGACUCUCCUCUACGCCUACUGCCGCAACAAAAACUUGAAAGAGUCCAGGCAGACCUUCGAGCAAAUGCCCGUCAAAACUCUCGUCGCCUGGAACAUGAUGCUCACUGCAAACGCUCGUAAUGGUGAGCUGCCCGAGGCUGAGCGACUGUUUGAGGAAAUGCCCGGACGAAACAUCGUCUCGUGGACGUCCAUGCUCGCAGCGUACGCUAUUAACGGGGAAUUCGAGCUUGCGGCGAGGUUCUUCUCCGCCAUGCCCGAGAAGAACUUAGUGUCAUGGAAUUCGAUGCUCUCGAUCCGCUCAAAACUUGGCGAUACUGACGCUGCGAAGGUUUUGUUCGAUCGAAUGCCGCAGUGGAGUUUAGUCUCGUGGACGUGUUUGCUUUCGGCAAAUGCCGAAGGUGGCGAACUCUUACACACAAAGCUGGUGUACGACUCCAUGCCGGAGGUGGAUAUUGUCUCUUGUACGGCUAUCAUGGGAGUUUAUGCUAACCAUGGCUGCUUUGAUGAAAUCGCGGUUGUUUUUAAUGCAAUGCAAGAGCGGGAUAUCAUCGCAUGGAACGUUCUUCUUCUUGCAAAUGCCACAAAUGGGCAACUUUUCGAAUCUGAAAGAAUCUUUAAUUCCAUGCCAGAGAGAAGCUUGUCUUCGUUCACUUCGCUACUGGGGCUAUAUUCCAAUGAUGGUUUAGUUCAAGAGGCAGAGAAUCUUUUUAACUCUAUGCCAGAGAGGGAUUCCAUUGCCUGGAACGCAAUGCUCGCGGCAUAUUCCCAAACAGGGAAUCUAGAACUCGUCAAGUGUACGUUUGACCAGAUGCCAGUCCACGACGUUGUGUCGUACACGUGCAUGAUGGGAGCAUAUUCGCAACAUGGGAAUCUCGACUACGCAGUGGACCUGUACGAAAGAAUGCCCUACCGGGACUCGAGAUUGUACGACUUAAUAACUUGGACAUAUGCCCACAAUGGGCAAAUGGAUCUAGCAAAACGUACACUGUACGAAGCUCCAGAGAAGACAAUGCCGACGUGGAACUCCGUACUACUAGGAUAUACCUACAACAGACAUGUUUUCCACGCCGAGAUGCUCUUCCGUGCAAUGCCCCAAAGGGACCUUGUGACGUGGACUGCCUUGCUGGCGGCAUAUGCCCAAAAUGGGCAUUUUUACCACGCACGCUAUCUUUUUACUCUAAUGAAUUUCGACGUGUCACCGGACUCUAUUUGCUUUGUUUUGCUGCUAAUUUCCACUAGCUACAUUGGACAGCUCUCCAUAGCAAGGAGUUUCUUUCUUUCCAUGGUUUUAGACUUUGGCAUCUCUCCAUCUAAGCAACAUUAUAGCGCUAUGAUAGAUCUCCUGUCUAGGGCCGGCCACGUGGAGGGCGCACAAGAGCUCGCGCGGACGAUGCCCUACGUCCCAGAGGCGGUAGAGUGGCGAUGCGUGCUGUUUGGAAACAUCCAAGGAUAUUCCGCUAGCGCGGGUGAUUAUUCCGCCACCGUCUCGGCAUAUACCGUUAAAUGCCGUAAGCUUUGA